AUGACUGGGCAGAUAGCCGAUCUGCGGCAAAUACCACUUGCUGAUAUACCUGCGCUCGAUACUCCGACACUCAAAAUUCAAACUGACGAUGACGUCGAUACCUGGCGACGCUCGAGGUCCUACCAGGAUUAUGCAAUCUUCUUGCGUCGCUUGAAUGAAGCUGUCGUUGGUCAUGACAUUCCUGAAACCGGUUCGGGCCAAAGCAAGGCCAUUGAACAAAUCAUUGACAUACUGAAUCUUCUCGAUAGCUGGAUUGACGAAAUUCCCGCACAAGCCUCACCGCAGCGAUUCGGGAAUCUUGCCUUUCGGACAUGGGGCAGACGAUUAGAACAAGAAUGCGAUGCUGUUCUCAAGAGUCUCCUUCCACCAGAAUACGGUCCAAUUAUCCCUCACAUCAAGCCAUAUCUCCUCACAUCUUUCGGCUCAUUUGGUAGGAUGGACUACGGAACAGGGCACGAAACAUCGUUUGCUCUGUUCCUCCUCUGCCUCGCCUUGACCCGCUUCAUCCAACCGUCCCCACACGAAGAACGUGCCAUCGUCCUCGUCGUCUUUCCCCGCUACCUGAGCCUUUGCUGGCGUCUUCAAGAUGUCUAUAAUCUCGAGCCCGCUGGUAGCCACGGAGUUUGGGGUCUGGACGACUCGUCAUUCCUGGGCUACAUAUUUGGCAGUGGCCAGCUCCGUGACCAGACUCGGAUACCCGUCUCCGCAGUCUUACGCCCUCCCUUGCCACCGACAAAUCUAUAUUUUCUCUCGAUAAUGCGCAUCCAUCAAGUCAAACAUGGCCCAUUCCACGAACACUCGUCGCAACUGCACUCAAUAGCUACGGGAGUCCCAAAUUGGGGCAAGGUCAACACAGGGCUAUUUAAAAUGUACGAGGCGGAGGUUCUUGGGAAGCGGGUCGUUGUCCAGCAUAUUCCUCUGGGCGGACUAUUGGAAUGGGGGACGACUUCUUCAACGGCAAAUUUUACGCCACCUUCUCGAUAUAUUGCAACUUCGAAUCCAUUACCACCGCCAGCUACACGUAUUCGAGGAACGAUGGGUCCACCCGACCGAGUCCCUCCCCCAAGAGCGACAUAA